GUUGCGCACUUCCUGGUUACUUGUGCUGCAUGUUGUGGUUGCUGCACCAGAGGCUGGAUUGAUUUAUGUAUCUCAGGGGAAUGGUACUGGCCGGUCUUGGACGACACUGGAUCGGUCGGAUUCGUCUAGCGCUCGCUCUUCUCGGACUGCCGUGUACCGUGUGCACACCCGGAAUCAGGCCCGCCAUCUCCUGUUCACCCAGUCAGUGCUUCGCUACCAGUACCUGCCACCUCUACACGACCAGUGUCGGAACAAUGCCAUCUGCAGUAUGCCCACACAUCAAAUCCAGAUGCCCCGUGUACCCGGGCUCCAAAAUCAAGCGCUUCUCAGUGCCUGAUGACAAGGUGUCCUGGGGUCAGAGCUGGCCCCAGUACAGCCCCGUCAGCUACACCGACCCCUCCAUAACAAAGAAACCAGCAUGGGCAGAUCUGGAUGUUGGCGCUUUCUCUCCAAAAUUCAACGCUCUGGACGGCAAAGUUGACCGGACAAGUUUCGAAGGCAACUACACCGUGGAAAAGGGCAAGCCACUAAAUCCUCGUGGGCGCACGGGAGUGACGGGGCGAGGCUUGCUGGGACGAUGGGGACCCAACCAUGCAGCAGAUCCAAUUGUCACCAGGUGGAAAGUAGAUGCCAAAGGAAAAAAGAUCUCUCACCCAGCAUCCAAAAAGCCUGUCUUGCAGUUUGUGUCCAUCAAGAGAAAAGACUGUGGGGAGUGGGCCAUUCCAGGGGGCAUGGUGGAUCCAGGGGAGCUGGUUUCUCUCACCCUGCAGCGGGAGUUCUCUGAGGAGGCACUGAACUCACUGGCCGCUUCGCCAGCAGAGCGAGCAAAAAUCCACGAGCGCAUCACCAAGCUCUUCAAAUCCCCGGGGUUUCAGGUCUAUAAAGGCUACGUGGACGAUCCCAGAAACACUGACAACGCCUGGAUGGAGACAGUCGCUGUCAACUUCCACGAUGAUGAAGGCAGCAGUGUGAGCGAGCUGCCAUUGCAAGCGGGCGAUGAUGCCGGACAGGUCCGCUGGGUCGACGUUGACUCGUCGCUCUCCUUGUAUGCGAGUCAUUCUCAUUUCCUCGAGAUGGUCGCGAAGGAGAGGCAUGCCCACUGGUAACCAAGGACAAAUGACUCAAGCCUAACGGAUGGAUGAAGGAAAAAUGAGAGCUAUGUAAGCGCUCUGUCAAAUGUACAUGCUGGAAUUAGGAAUUCUCAUAUGCAAAUAUACAGUACAACUAAGUUAUAUUCUAUAUACAUAUGUGUGUGUGUCUGCCUCGAGCAGGAUGCAUGACACCCAGCCCCGCGUUCAUUCACCUUUUACUAAAUGUACCAUAAUAAUUAAUUAUAAGCAUACGAGCCAAAGCAUAACUUGUGUUAAUGACACUUGAAUUUGAUUGCUUAUAUCCACUGUACAUUACACAACAAAACUUUGCAGUUUCAGGCUGACACAGAUUUUGGCCAGCCUGCUGUCUGCCCAGAGCACCCGGCUUAACUGCUCUGUGUUGCAAAAGGCUCUGAAAUCAAAACUCUUCCACCAGAGUGUCAAAACUGCCAUUCGACUUUUGUCACAACGAGAUGAUCGAGAUUUCCCGAAAAUGGCCUUUGACUUUUUGACUUUGACUUUGCCAUAAAACAUGAAAUGCACCUCAGGGGCACACUUCAUCACAAUCCUAACACUCACCGUUUUUGUUGUACUACUUGGAAAAAGUUGUGAUUGUUGAAGAACAAACACAAUGAGCUGCUGAACAAACACACUGUGUCAACUUUGAUUAAAAUGAAAUGUGAUUCGGCGGUCAUUUUGCUUCACUUUGAUCUUUGCAUUUGGAUAAUGGUGCUGGAGCGUCACCCUGCUCAGUGAGGAAAACCACCAAGAGCUGAGUUGAGGCCAGAAGGACAGACGAGUUUUCAAAUGCUAACAGAUGGCAGAGGCAAAGGCCAUUUCACACUCAGCAGCCUGUCUUUUCAGCAUUUCACAUCAUGUCAUGUCAUGUGAGUGGUGUGUGUACUCAGUGAUCAGGCAUCCAUGGAGAAUCACGCACUAAAUAGCUUGAAUCUGUUAGGAUUUCUGACCCUGCUGCUAACACACGGACAGUCCAGUCAUCGCAAGGCAGAAAACAGAGCUGAGAGAGACAGAGAGAGCUGCGUGACCUGAGUUAGCCUAGAUACAUCGCAUUUGGCGUUGUUUUUUGUUUGUUUGUUUGCACAUAGAAUUAGAGCUGAGGCACACAAGAUGAAUACAAGCGUCCCAUAUGGUGUGAACUGGACAGGGUGGCCAGCCCACACAGACACCUGGCUUUGAAUGUGAGGGGAAAGGAGGGAGUGUGGCUGUGCAAUGUGGUUUGUCAAGUGGCCACCUCUUACAAAAAGUGCUUCAUUGAAUUAGGCACACAACGCCUCCGGGACGCUUAAAGGAACAGUUCACACAAAUGCAAAAAAAAAAAUAUUUUCCCACUUGCCCCUUAGUGCGAUCCAUCCAUCCAGAUAAUUUUUAGGUUUGCAGGCCAGUCUCCUGUCGCCCGAAAACAAUGCGGCUGGAUAGGUGCUGUUUUGUGGAGCUCAAACUGUCAAAAAUUUACAGCGACAGCUCUUUCCAAAAACAUUAACAAGGACACCCAACAGCCAUAUAGAAGAGAAAGUUUUUUUGGGGACUAUUUCUUUCUGAUUCACGUCUGCAAACGUGAAUCAGGUUAGAGGUUCUUGUAGAAGGCCUGGUGUGUCCUGUACCUUUUUCCCAACUGUAGCAGAGAAAAAAACCCCUCUUAUCUGGGUGAUUGGGAUCUUGAAUGAUUCUCCUAACCUUAUUUUUGCAGCACCUGGUAUAAAUAUCCUUUAUUUCCAAAUGGCACUGUCCGCUAUUCUAGCACCCAGCCAAUUCUCUGUGAAACAAAAAGACACCACAGUUCCCAGUGUCCCGCUGGAAACCAAUGCGGGCACCGUGGUCAUGUAGCUCACUAUCCCAGACUUGUACACCGGCCAGCAGAGAAGAUCCAGGCGGCAGGGAUCACAGCCAAUGUUCAGUCCCUGCACGCCCACCUCGGUGCCCCUCCAGUGCCAGGAUGGAUGCAGAGAUGGUCAUGCUUGUCCAUGUUGUCAGGACAGUUGCUGGUGUUUAUCUCCUCCACCUUCUCCUCAAUGUUUACUCCAAUGUUUACAUUUGAAAACCUCAUCUGGCCAGGUAGCAGAUUCGACAUGAGACUGCACAGAGGGACUCAAGUCUUGACCAUUUCACUAUGCUGAUGAGUGUCUCGUUGUCACAUGUUGCUGGGAGAGAGGGAGAUUGCUGCAGACUGGAAACCAUGCCAAAUCACACUGAAACUAUCUUGGAUGGAUAGAGUAGACCUGGAGUAAGUGAGAAAAUAUCUAGUUUUUUUUUUUUUUUUCAAUUUUGGGUGAACUCUUCCUUUUAACAGGAAAUUGCGUCAUUACAGAAUCACCCCCAUUUUUUACCAGCUCCCAUCACUGAGCAGACUAACACUUGUCUGUAUCACAUGCUGUCCAACUUAGCAGUGUGAAGUAAUUAUGCCAGGAACUGUGGGAGGUGGGUGAUCGCCCCAUCCUGCUGCCCAAACUGUUCAGUAAUAUGCCUGCCUGAGCCGUGAGACGGGUCUCUGUGCUCCACACAAGACAAAACAGAGGUAUAUCUGCAUAUAUCAGGCUGUGUAACAUAAUCUUGACCUGCUGAAGAAAGGAUGACUGAGCUCUUCUCAGCAGUGCCUGGCCUCACACCCAUACAGCUUCUGCCGCAGUUUGCUGCUCGGCUAGAGCAGAUGGAGGCUGAGUGUUGUACUCAGGAGCACCGCAGCAGUUGUUGUGGGCGAGGAGAGGAUCCCUCAUUCACUUUCCCAUCCACAAUCUCCCAGCUGGUCCAGAGAUUCAAACCAGAGAAAAGUCCAGCUAACUUUGAUGCCUCAGUAUCGAUUUUCCAUCUCAAGCCGUCUGCUUAAUGUGCUCAUGUCUUGUGGAUAGUGCUCGUAAAAAGAAAUGCGAAAAUGAUGAUGUACGCUUGAGAUGCUCGAUCUGAAAUGACAGUGAUUUGCAUUCGCAGCCCAGUAAACAAUUUUGACUAAACACUGCAAAAGAAUCCACUUGAAAUCAAGGUUUUCAAUUAUGAUUGCACUGGGUUAUUGUCUGUGUGUGUGUGUAGUCUGACCUUGUCUUUUUCAUCGGCCUUAUUUGCAGCUACAAGUAAUUAUGAAUUCUCUCAAGUAGAAAUGUGCACUUUUCUCACGAAAUCUAUGGCUUGAAAAUGCUAAUUCACUUGUCUACACUGUGUAUUGUAUUUAUUGUGUCUUUAGGGCUCUGUCACAUUAGCUGUCUAUAUGUGUGUGUUACAUGAAGUAAUAUGAGACAGUCACAUCAAAUUCAGCAUAUUGUUUAGUGCUUCAAAAAA